UUUGUAAUCCCCUGACAUGGGCCCACUUCCCUUUCCCUCAACAAACACAUGUUUCAGAUCAAUGCUCCUGCAGGGUUACAUAAAAGCACAGAGGAAGUACAAUAUUAGGACAAAGUUCAAUCUUUUGUCGUGUAUGGUCAAAAAUCUAUGUUGGUCAGUACUUUGAAUAUGAGAGAAAUACUGUAGCCUACAGUAAACACCUUAUGAGCUAACACAUGGGUCUUGCUCACUAUUGGCAACAUACGUGAACACGACCGGCUGCAUAAUCAGGAAUAUAAACUAAACUUUCAACUUCCCUUCAGGACAUUGCCAGGGACCAAGGUAUCGUGUCUCUUUCUCCGAGUGUUUGGGAUCCAACAUGUUUAAUCUUUGAAAAGUGAUAAGAAAUAGAAAUAGAGAUUAACAGUAUACAAUGCUAGGCCUGUGCCGCCCCCAGAACUUAGUCUUUGUUGCUUUCCUGUGGAGUCUUCCACCACUUUCCCUGGCUGGUAACAUCCUGGUGUAUCCUGUAGAUGGAAGCCACUGGCUUAACAUGGACAUACUGCUCAGAGAACUUCACAACAGAGGUCAUAAACUAACAGUGAUACGUUCCUCCACUAGCUGGUACAUUAAAGAGAACGCAAAACACUACACGUCCAUCACCGUUCCUCUUUCACACAUCAGCAGCCUGGAGGAUCCAGAGUACAUGGCAUCUUUUCUGAGAAGAAACAUCGAAAUUCAAAGAAACGAAGGGUCCAUUUGGUCAUUUAUUUCUCUGCAGAAACAAAUCCUCACUAUUUUAGGAGAGUGUCACAGAUCCUCUGCUGAAAUGGCGAGGACCAUCCUGGAAGAUAAAAAACUGGUGAAAAAGCUCAAAACAUCCAAGUAUGAUUUAAUGCUGACUGACCCAGGCUUUGCAGGAGGAGUCGUUUUGGGUGCAUACCUGGGCCUACCGAUGGUCUUUAAUGUCCGGUGGAUUAUAAAUGGUGAGGGCCACUUCGCGAUAGCACCCUCGCCUCUUUCCUACAUACCGACUAUUGGAUCUGGUGUAACAGACAAAAUGACGUUUGUGAACAAAUUGAAAAAUGUCCUACAUUAUGGAAUUGGUCAGUACAUUGAUCACGUCAUCACAAGGCCUCUCUAUCAAGGAGUUAUCAGCAAAUACAUAGACCCGGAUUCCACCGUGUACUCUCUAACCCAAGGAGCUGAUCUGUGGCUCAUGAGAAUUGAUUUUGUAUUCGAGUUCCCUCGUCCUACAAUGCCCAAUGUGGUCUACAUCGGAGGCUUCCAGUGUAAACCCUCCAAGCCUCUUCCUGCUGAAUUGGAGACAUUUGUUGAGAGCUCUGGAGAACAUGGGGUGGUGAUCAUGUCUUUGGGUACUUUGCUUGGAAGUCUGGUUACGGACAUAUCAGAAGUUGUUGCGUCUGCCUUCGCUCGUUUGCCACAAAAGGUGAUCUGGAGGCAUGUAGGGGAAAAGCCAUCUACUUUAGGGAACAAUACGCUGAUAGUGGACUGGUUGCCACAGAAUGACCUCCUAGGCCAUCCUAAAACGAAAGCUUUCGUCACACACGGAGGAACGAAUGGGAUUUACGAGGCCAUCUAUCAUGGCGUACCGAUGCUUGGACUUCCACUCAUCUUCGAUCAGUUUGACAACAUGGUUCGACUCCAGGCCAAAGGAGUGGCUCGAGUGCUCGACGUCACAGCAUUGGAUGUAGAUACACUAACACAAGCCCUGAAAGACAUUCUAGAUGAAAAUCAACCAUACCAGAAAAAUAUGCGCAGAAUGUCACGUUUACAUCAUGACACACCCUUAAAGCCGAUGGACAGCGCCAUCUUCUGGCUGGAGUUUGUCAUGAGGCAUAAAGGGGCAGCGCACUUGCGUACAGAAUCUUACAAGCUACCCUGGUAUUCCUACCACAACUUGGAUGUAUUGAUGCUUCUAGCAAGUUUGUUUAUGGCAAUCUGUCUCUUUUUGAUCUUGAUGAGCAGGGCUGUGCUGAAAAUUUUGGUCAGAAAAAUAAAAGCCAAAAAAGAGUGAUAUAUUUGGCAACACUAUGGGGUGGUUUCCCGUACAGGGAUUAUCUUAAGACAGGUUUAAUUAGGAAAUAUAACUUAACAAACAUCCCUUAUAGUUAAACAAUACUUGUGUGCAUUUUGAGGCGAACCAAAGGGCACUGGUGUAUUUUAAGAUAUGUCAGUGCAAGAUGUUAUCAGUUUGGACAGCUCUUACAUUUAUUUUAGUCUAGGACUUGUCUAAUCCCUGUCCGGGAAACCGCCCCAAUAUGUUUGCAUCACUUUUAAUAUAAUGCAGAAUUGGUUUAUAUACAACUUUCUUAAACUCAACCAUUGUUUAAAAAAACCCAACACAAUCUCAUGGCAUAGGGGCAGUUUCCCAAAGAGACCCUAGUUAUAUCAGUACAUUGAAGUCAUUUAUACAAACAUACCUUAAAAAAAUGUGCAUCUUGGGACAAACUGAUAUACAGUGAGGAAAAUAAGUAUUUGAACAACCUGCUAUUUUGCAAGUUCUCCCACUUAGAAAUCAUGGAGGGGUCUAAAAUUGUCAUAGUAGAUGCAUGUCCACUGUGAGAGACAUAAUAUUAAAAAAAUCCAGAAAUCACAAUGUAUGUUUUUUUAAAUAUUUAUUUGUAUGAUACAGCUGCAAAUAAGUAUUUGAACACCUGAGAAAAUCAAUGUAAUAUUUGGUACAGUAGCCUUUGUUUGCAAUUACAGAGGUCAAACGUUUCCUGUAGUUUUUCACCAGGUUUGCACACACUGCAGGAGGGAUUUUGGCCCACUCCUCCACACAGACCUUCUCUAGAUCGGUCAGGUUUCUGGCCUGUCACUGAGAAACACAGAGUUUGAGCUCCCUCCAAAGAUUCUCUAUUGGGUUUAGGUCUGGAGACUGGCAAUGCCAUGCCAGAACCUUGAUAUGCUUCUUACAGAGCCACUCCUUGGUUAUCCUGGCUGUGUGCUUCAGUUCAUUGUCAUGUUGGAAGACCCCGACCCAUCUUUAAUGCUCUGAGGGAAGGAGGUUGCUCCCUAAAUCUCGCAAUACAUGGCUCCGGUCAUCCUGCCUUAAUACAGUUUAGUCGCCCUGUCCCAUGUGCAGAAAACACCCCCAAAGCAUGAUGCUACCACCCCCAUGCUUUACAGUAGGGAUGGUGUUCUUGGGAUGAUACUCAUCAUUCUUCAUCCUCCAAACACGUUUAGUGGAAUUAGACCAAAAAGUAAUAUCUUGGUGUCAUCUGACCACAUGACUUUCUCCCAUGACUCCUCUGGAUCAUCCAAAUGGUCAUUGGCAAACUUAAGAUGGGCCUGGACAUGUGCUGGUUUAAGCAGGGGAACCUUCCGUGCCAUGCAUGAUUUCAAACCAUGACAUCUAAGUGUAUUACCAACAGUAACCUUGGAAACGGUUCUCCCAGCUCUUUUCAGGUCAUUGACCAGCUCCUGCCGUGUAGUUCUGGGCUGAUUUCUCAUCUUUUAGGAUCAUUGAGACCCCCCGAGGUGAGAUCUUGCAUGGAGCCCCAGUCCGAGGGAGAUUGACAGUCAUGUUUAGCUUCUUCCAUUUUCGAAUGAUUGCUCCAACAGUGGACCUUUUUUCACCAAGCUGCUUGGCAAUUUCCCCGUAGCCCUUUCAAGCCUUGUGGAGGUGUACAAUUUUGUCUCUAGUGUCAUUGGACAGCUCUUUGGUCUUGGUUAUGUUAGUAGUUGGAUUCUUACUGAUUGUACGGGGUGGACAGGUGUCUUUAUGCAGCUAACGACCUCAAACAGCUGCAUCUAAUUUAGGACAAUAAAUGGAGUAGAGGUGGACAUUUUAAACUAAAGGCAGACUAACAGGUCUUUGAUGGUCAGAAUUCUAGCUGAUAGACAGGUGUUCAAACACUUAUUUACAGCUGUAUCAUACAAAUAAAUAGUUGAAAAAUUAUACAUUGUGAUAUCUGGAUUUUUUUUCUGAUUAUGUCUCUCACAGUGGACAUGGACCUACGAUGACAAUUUCAGACCCCUCCUUGAUUUCUAAGUGGGAGAACUAGCAAAAUAGCAGGGUGUUCAAAAACUUACUUUCUUCACUGUAUGUUAAGAUGCCAGUGCAAGGUGUUUUUAAAUUAAGCAGCUCAAACAUGCAUUUUAUUCUUGCUUUUUUUAGAUAAUCGUAAGAAUUUAUAUAAAAAUUUAUAUAAAAAAGAAUUUAUAAAAAACACCAUGUAAAACCAUGAGACCAGGUUUAAAAACAGAUAGUCUUGCCAUAAACCUUUGGUUGAAUCAAUGUUGCUUACAUGUUUUAAAUGGCUUAUGUGCAAAAUAAACUGCUAUAUGCUUUAAACAUUGCUUUGUAGUUUUGAGAAACUAGUAACAAUUUAGCUAACAGUAAAUUAAAUAUUUUUUAAAAAGAACUGCAUCACAUGUUUUUUUAUCAUUUGCUUUAUUGAUUUGUACAGACAUUGAAUGAACCAGCUGUCUAUUUCGCACGCAAGUUUCACUUAACACAACCACCGGCAUGGUCAACAAAAAUAAAAUUAUUCGGAAAUCAGUCAAAAUGCGACAGAUGGCCGAUGAUGCUGAACAUCUCCUACAUUUUGGAAUGGUGUACUAUAUAUGGUUACAAUAGGUGAAAUACUUGAGAGAGUAAAAAAUAAAGUGCUCCGUCUUCA